GCCGCCUGGCGACCUCCGCGGAGACUGCCGCCGCCGCGCCCGCGGGCGCGAGCGAAGCCGCCGCCGCGACGGCGCCGCUGCUCGCGGCUGCUGCCGGUCUGCCGGCGAGGCUGCCGCCUGAGGAGGUGCCCAGCAUCCGCCCGGACGGGAGAGCGACGCUCGUGCCGGUCCCCGAGGAGCUGCGCGGCACGCCGCAGAGUGUCGACGAGGAGGCUGCCAGCGCCUGGCGUAGCCUCAUGGACGAG